UCUAACAUUUUCACAAUUCUUCUUUUCCAAUCUCUAUAUCAAGCAUAUAUAUAUAUAUAUAGUUUCUUCUCUAAGAAAUUUCCAUGGAAUACUCUGUAAAUUAUUCGACGAGACUGAAGACGUAUUCUAAUCGCCAGAGAACGAUAUACGAAGAAGAAGAAGAUCAAGGCAUAGAGGAGAGUAGUUGGACAAUGUACUUUGAAGAGGAUCAUGAUGAUGAUGAUGAAGUAGAAACCGAAGAGGGUUCGUUUUAUUACGACGAUUCCUCGAUGAUAUCGGACGCUGCUUCUCCCGUCGGCAUCGUGGCCAAGCAGAUUGGUCACAGAAAUUGCAACAGAGCCAAGAGAAGAAGGAUCGUACGACGUCAGUGUCAAGACGGAGAAGCGAAACAGGGAGAGGCUUCUUUGGCUUGUGGGGACUUGGAAGAUACGGCUUCUUCUCCUUCUAACAGCCCUAAGAUAUGUAACAUGUUGAAUGAAAUGGAAAAUGAUACAAGACAAGAAAGCACAAAAGACAUAACAACAAAGGAGAAAGAAUGUGCAGCGGAGGCAAGAUCAACAAUCGAAGGCGUGGCUCAUGAAGAACUUUCCAUGGAACUGAAGAAGAGAGGGCUUUGCUUAGUCCCUAUGUCGAUGUUGUCAAUUUACCUUGAUUGAUCUUGUGUUUGAUCAUCAUUCUUUUUUUUUUUUAAACCCAAAACAUUUCUUGAUUUUCUUUUUUUUGUAUAA